UAACCAUGUCAGGAAGAGGCAAAGGAGGUAAAGGACUCGGUAAAGGAGGCGCUAAGCGUCAUCGUAAGGUUUUGCGUGAUAACAUCCAGGGAAUCACCAAACCCGCCAUCCGUCGUCUCGCUCGUCGUGGUGGAGUCAAGCGUAUUUCUGGUCUGAUCUAUGAGGAGACUCGCGGUGUGUUGAAGGUGUUUUUGGAGAACGUUAUUCGUGACGCCGUCACCUACACUGAACACGCCAAGAGAAAGACCGUCACCGCCAUGGAUGUCGUCUAUGCUCUGAAGCGUCAGGGUCGCACUCUGUACGGUUUCGGAGGUUAAACGCCAGAACUCCACACAAACCCAAACGGCUCUUUUAAGAGCCACCCACAUUUUCACAUUAAGAGGUGAAAUCUAUUAAGUUAAUGUUUUGUGUUCACGUAAAUUAUGGAAGUUCCGAACAAAAACUUAAUGCUAUAUUUCACCGAGAUCUUUACAUAAGGUUUGCAUCUGUUGUUUGGUCGUCUUGUUGCGCGGUGCGCAUGCUGUUUGAUAUACAUAUAUUUAAAUAUUUAAUA